AUGUUUCCUCUGAAUCCUGCCAAGGCAGUGAUGCAGGUGGAGAUGAUGCUAGUGUUUGGUCUGGAGAGACGGAUGAGGGGCUGGAGAUGUCGCAGAGGCUUGCUGACGGGAUGUUCACCGGGGCGGAACUCGACCUUGAGAACGAGGAGUUUAUGGUGAACAUCAGUACCCGGCUUCAAGUGGCAGUAGAAAAACUGUUGGAAGCCAUCACUGAAACUACAAAUCAGCUUGAACAUGCCAAAAUCACCCAGAUAGAGCUCACGCGCGAGUCAUUCAAGCGCAAUGCUGAGAUCAGUGAACUUGUGAAACGUCAGGAGGAGCUGCAAGAGAGGCUCAGUGAAGAGACCAAGGCCAGGGAGCAGUUGGCAUUGGAACUCCACAAAGCUGAAGAUUUCCAGAUAUCACUGUCUGGUUCCUACAGCUCUGCCAACUCCAGCAGUGACACCCCAAUUCAACCAGCUAAUUUUCAACUGAACCCAAAUAUCAGUGGACUACUCAAUGCAGCGCAAGCAUACAUGGCUGCAGCACUUGCUCCUUCCUCCAUUCAACCAGGACUGGAUUGUAUGAAUUUUAUAAUGCACGCAAAGAACUCUUGCACCAGCUACAGUCAAAUCUAA